CCUUUUUUAUUGAAUGAAAUACGAGAUUCGCCAAGCCGGCGUGAAAGGCCUGGGACUGUUUGCCAAAAGCCCGAUCGCCCGCGGAACUCGCAUCCUCUCCGAACGACCGCUACUCGCUAUCCGCCAAGACCAGGAAGUUGACGGCAUCUUUUCUGCCACGAAGUCCUUAACUCAGAAUGACAGAAAAGCGUUAUUGGACCUUUCAGGCCACAGCGGCGGACAAAGUCUCGAGUUUGCACGAUGGAUGCAGGUGGUGUGGUGGAAUGUGAAGAGUCUCGUCAGGAGUGUUCGACACCCUAGUACUUUCACUAGCUCUAUCCCAUCUCCACGUUCGAUGCGAGAGCACAUGACUAUUUUCAACGUCUUUCGCUCAAAUUCGUUCGAUUUGGGGGGCGGCGGUAGUAUCCAGCAAGCCGUGUUUGAUAAUGUGGCAAGGAUAAAUCAUUCUUGCCUGCCAAAUGCGCAGGGAAAUUUUCAUUCGACGCUAGGUCGGUUCAAUGUCCAUGCGUUACGGGAUAUCAAGAGCGGUGAGGAGGUUACGCUGAACUAUCUCCCUGAGCUUGGUUCGCUUGCUGCUUCGAGGGGUAGCAAAUUGCAAGAGGGUUAUGGCUUCGACUGCGACUGUCCGGCGUGUGAUUUGACGACGGCGAGAGGGAAAGCGGGAGAAGAGCGGCGAGCGGAAGAAAGAAAAAGGAUAAAAGAGUUUGCGGCUACGGUUGAGAAGAACGCGGAAGGGAUGGAUGCGGAGUUGAGGAUGACAAAGAGGUUCAUCAAGCUAUUUGAGGCCGAAGGGAUUACCGGGAGGGAAGUCGCGUCGAUGUAUUUCGAAGUUGCAAAGCUCAACGUGAAGCUCGGGAGACACGACGAAGCGCUUCGGUGCGCCGAGAAGGGAUUAGAGCUGGAUCAGUACUGCAUUGGAUUCGACCAUCCGACAUAUGAAAACGGUGUUGAAUUCAUUACGGCGUUGAAAAGCAAAGCUUGAAGGCUGUAUGCUCUACAGAUAUGUAUACCUACGAAGUACACCAUCAACUACAUACCCAAAGCUAGAAGAGCUGAGGAAAACCCAUUCCUCCUAUUCUUCAGUGAAGAGAUAUGUCCAUACCUCCCACAUUCAUUCUCCUUGCCGUCGAAUCGCUUAAAUCCC